ACGAAUGCCGGAAAACAUACAUGCCAAUUAAGGGACAGGAAAAUACGCUUUAUUACUGCGUUUCUUUGUGAUGUACCUACACACUGGGAAACGCCGAGCGAUGGCUUCUGACCACUUCGUGGGCCCCAUCACGGGCGCUCACACGCAAAAGAAAAAUAUAGAAACACCUACCGUGGUUGCUUGGGGCAUUCUGCUUCCGGCUCCCGAGCUAAACGGAUGGCGGGAUAAUGGACUCCAAUGGAGCGGCAUAUGCGGCUGUUAGCCGCGGCAACAGGCUUUCGACGGAGGAAGAUAAGGAUUUCCAGAUUAUUUUGCCUCGGCUACCUACAGGACGCAUCGUGUUAGACACAGUUUUUUCGCGCGGUGACACUCGUGUUCGCCCGUUUCGCGUAGAGGAUUUUCGGGACGCGCUUCAAGCUCUUGGUAUGCUCUCUGGCGUCGUCGCCCUUGGAGCGUGCAAAAUCAACCACGUAUGGGCGGUGACGAUAAAGACAGCCGAGGCGGCCCAAAAGCUGGCUGCACUGAAGGAACUUCAGGUCAAGGGGCGUCGCUGCCUGGUCAUCGACCCUAAAGAACAGCAGGUGAAGCUUCGUCUCCACUGGCUUCUUUAUGGUGUGGAUGACUAAGACGUAAAGACUGCGCUAGAUUCCUUUGGCAAAGUGACUGAAGUAACCCGGGAGCGCUGGCGAGUGAAUGGCGUUUCCGACAAGGGCUCGACGACCCGAGCAGUACUGCUGCAGCUGAAGGCUGGAAUGAAAGUUGACGACCUGCCCCACCAGAUCCGCGUCGCCGGCGAGCUUGUGCUGGUCGUGGCCCCAGGUCGUCCCAUGCAGUGCCUGCGCUACCGGGGCUCCGGUCACGUUCGUCGAGAAUGCAAGGUUCUCCGUUGCUCCCGGUGCAGGCUUUUCGGAAACAACGACGCGGACUGUAUACGUUCAUACGCGGUAGCCUCGGGGUCGGCGAAGAGUGAGCCGUUGACAUCAGACCACAUGAUGGACGUGACCGAGGCCGAGGAAGCGGCCAAGGGAGCUGGAAACAGCAACGUAGCGGCAGAAACGAGUGGGACGACCAUGCCGACUGAAGCAGGACCUAAUAAUGUCCCUGCUCCCGACGAGCCAGAAGCCACACUAAUCAGCGUCAGGGCGGCCAAGAAAGAAAAUGAGAGUCGCCAGCCGGCUACUGAUACGGAGGCAGUGGAAAACGACAACGCGACCCCUGCUAGCGCUCGCGUCGAAAGCGUCUCGGCACCGGUGAAGAGGUCCCUGCAGCAGGAGGAGAAAGACGACGGAAAGGCCAGCGGUGACUCCGAGCCACCGCCCGCUAAGACGCUUCCAGGAAGGCGCUCCACCCUCAAGCCUAAGCCGAACCUGGAGGCCGGCCGUAGGCUUGCGGCGAAGGCGAACAGAGACGAACUCGGGUGACGGCCACGAGAUGGUCACGGAGGCGUCUAGCCGUCAGCUAGACCUUAAGCUUCUGCUGAUGUUAUUUGUGCCCAACAAGAUCUAGUCUACCUGUGCAUCGUUGACAACAAUUAGCAGCAAGUGCUGAUUGCUGCUGCUUGGCUUAGUGCAGCACCUGGCCUCACAAAUACGAUGAGCCUAGCUGAAAGCAUCACUGCCAAAACAGCAUGUCACAGCCCUUCCAACAUCAGCGGUCAGGUCGAGGUUGGCACGCAGUGCGGCAUGCCUCUUGCUGACAAGUCUGUCGGCUGCUCGUUCAAAGCAGGGAGCGAGUCCAGGAGCGUGCAGACUACGGAGGCUGUGGAUCAGUUAGGCUCCACCUCAGCAUUGAAGCCUUCUAGUUCUCCGUCAACUGCCAACUGUGACAGAUGUCACCUAUGUGACUAUGAGGCUGAUGAACUGUUUCAUCUGGAUGCACAUGCCAACGUCCAUACUGGCGAGAAACCAUUUCAGUGCCCUUCAUGUCAUAGGAGCUUGUCAAACAGAUACAACUUAAACGUUGCCCUGCGCACCCAGGCAAGCGAUAAGCCAUUUGAGUGUUCUCGAUGCCCUCAGAGCUUCUCAGAAAAGUGCAACCUCAAAGACCACCUGCGUACCCACACAGGUGAGAAGCCAUAUCAGUGUCCUUCAUGUUCUCAGAGCUUCACAUGCAAGGCUAAACUGAAAGUUCACCUGCGCACCCACACAGGUGAGAGGCCAUAUCAGUGCCCUUCAUGCUCUCAGAGCUUCUCGCAACAGGGCCAUCUAAAAGCCCACCUGCGCACCCAUACAGGCGAUAAGCCAUUUGAGUGCCCUUCAUGCUCUCAGAGCUUCACACGCAAGUUUACCCUCAAAGUCCACCUGCGCACCCAUACAGGUGAGAAGCCAUAUCAGUGCCCUUCAUGCUCUCAAGGCUUCAGAAAGAGAGAUGACUUAAAGUGCCACCUGCGCACCCACACAGGCGAGAAGCCAUUUGAGUGCUCUUCAUGCUCUCAGAGCUUCUCACAACAGGCCCACCUGAAAGCCCACCUGCGCACCCACACAGCAUUGAGGCCUUCUAGGUCUCCGUCAACUGCCAGCUGUGACAACUCAAAGCAAGGAUCCCUCCACCGAUGUCACCUAUGUGACUAUGAGGCUGAUGACCUGUUUCAUCUGGAAGCACGUGCCAACGUCCAUACUGGCGUGAAACCAUUUCAGUGCCCUUCAUGUCAUAGGAGCGUUUCAAACAGAUACAACUUAAACGUCACCUCGCGCACCCAGGCAAGCGAUAAGCCAUUUGAGUGUUCUCGAUGCCCUCAGAGCUUCUCAAAAAAGUGCAACCUCAAAGACCACCUGCGUGCCCACACAGGUGACAAGCCAUAUCAGUGUCCUUCAUGUUCUCAGAGCUUCAUAUACAAAGCUAAACUGAAAGUUCACCUGCGCACCCACACAGGUGAGAGGCCAUAUCAGUGCCCUUCAUGCUCUCAGAGCUUCUCGCAACAGGGCCAUCUAAAAGCCCACCUGCGCACCCAUACAGGCGAUAAGCCAUUUGAGUGUCCUUCGUGCUCUCAGGGCUUCACACGCAAGUUUGCCCUCAAAGUCCACCUGCGCACCCAUACAAGUGAGAAGCCAUAUCAGUGCCCUUCAUGCUCUCAGAGCUUCUCGCAACAGGGCCAUCUAAAAGCCCACCUGCGCACCCAUACAGGCGAUAAGCCAUUUGAGUGCCCUUCAUGCUCUCAGAGCUUCUCGCAACAGGGCCAUCUAAAAGCCCACCUGCGCACCCAUACAGGCGAUAAGCCAUUUGAGUGCCCUUCAUGCUCUCAGAGCUUCGCACGCAAGUCUACCCUCAAAGUCCACCUGCUCACCCAUACGGAUGAGAAGCCAUAUCAGUGCCCUUCAUGCUGUCAAAGCUUCAAAAAGAGAUAUGACUUAAAGUGCCACCUGCGCACCCACACAGGUGAGAAGCCAUAUCAGUGCCCUUCAUGCUCUCGGGGCUUCAUAAAGAGAUAUUUCUUAAAGCGCCACCUGCGCACCCACACAGGCGAUAAGCCAUUUGAGUGCCCUUCAUGCUCUCAGAGCUUCGCACGCAAGUUUACCCUCAAAGUCCACCUGCGCACCCAUACAGGUGAGAAGCCAUAUCAGUGCCCUUCAUGCUCUCAAGGCUUCAGAAAGAGAGAUGACCUAAAGUGCCACCUGCGCACCCACACAGAUGAGAAGCCAUUUGAGUGCCCUUCAUGAUCUCAGAGCUUCUCACAACAGGCCCACCUUGAGACAUAUGAGGCAAGAAGCCAUUUCAAAGUCCAUUAUGCUUUCAGAGAUUGUCGUUGAAGAAUGCCCGCAAGACACACCAGCUCAUUCAUGCAGGUGACCGGCCGUAUAGUUGUAACGUCUGCUCCAGGUCCCUUACACAGUCUCAUAACUUGAACAGACAUAAGGGAUGACAGCACCAUGAUACUCUAGGGUAGGUCAAGAACGAUGUUGAAUGGGAAUCUGAAUUAUAAGUCUACAAAUGUGAAGAAUGUCGCAUAGUGUUUUACUGCAUGAGGUAGCACAAGUGUUUCCAUGUGCUCAUAAAGGGAACGUUUAACUCGAGCCCAACUCUGAUUCUGUCUAUUCUAAUACAUGUAAAAUGCAGGAACACUUUUCUGAGAUAACUACUUGACCAAUUAUUAGGAAAUUUGUUGCUUUUGAGACAUAAAGAUAAAUUCUAGUGGGUGCUGGAUGCAGAAUCUUGAUUUAAGGCCUUAAUGUUAUAAUAGCAAUUUACAAAGAUUUGAAAAAAAUUGAAACGAGAAGUUAAUAAAUUCGCAGCUCUGCACCUAGAAUAGUUAUCGUAAUUCUGUAAACUGCAUAUGGUAGAUAGUGAAAAGCGGAGAAAUUUGAUGUAUCAAUUUAUAUCAUUCUUCAACUUGUUACAUCGUUUAUGAGGUUUUUUUUUUCAAUGUCCUACUCACAUAUUAGUGCUAUAUUUGAAAUCCUUGUUUGAUACAUCAGUAUUGUCCGCUUUAUAUGUGUCCUAUUUGAUGCAUUUGACAGAAUUGUGAUAAAUGUUUCUCAUUGCCGAGUUAGAGUUCUAUACUUGGUAGUUUCGCUUUCGGAAAAUUUGUGAUUUUCAACAAUUUUUAUCAGGAGAUUCGCGGCCUAAAUAAAGCAUUCAAUGUGGACACUCACUCGAUUCUUACAAUUUCUUUUAUAUGCAAACAACCUCAUCAAAUUUAGUGUAGCAGUUGUCGAGAAAAAAAUUUAUUCCCAUGUAUUUAGAUAGGAGCCCCUGUUCUAAGUCUUCCUCUUAAACGGUCACUGAAACACUUUUUUUCGGAUGAUCCUAUUUGCUCUUGAUCUUUUCUCAAGGUGUUAUAGAACACAGAGCAAAAGGAAUUAUGAGAACUGAGCCCCACUAAGCCAUUAUAGGUGAGAAAAAAUUCAAAAUGCAGUUAAACCUCGAUAUAACGAAGUCUGUAAAAUCAACGGUUUGCUUUGUCAUAUUGUGCUUUUUAUUUUUCCAAUAGUAUUCAACAGUUUGUUUGAUCUCAGAAAUUACUGUUAGAAUGCCCCUACAGAAAAGCAUGUUAAUUGUAAUGCCUAAUAUUAUACUACAGACAUCUCAGUGAUCUGAUUUCUGUAAGUAAAUUUUUUUUCAGAAUUGUCUUUUGGUACAUAUGGACUUGUUCUGUUAGAUCCACUCACUUUGGCUGGCGAGCUGGAUUGAAGCCUUGAUAGAGUGUGUAAGUGCAACUGAACGAGGAUGUAGAAAGAAAUAAGUACACAGAGACAGCACUGACAAGGUUCUGAUAUGCAUGGUUCAUCCUGGAGUCUCUUGAUCUUACCCAAAUUACACCUAUGUCUUUUUACCUAUAGGUAUAUUUUUAGAGCAAUUGAUUGUUCAGUGAGCAUUCCUAUGUCUGCCUCAAGAGA